AUGAAAUGCUUGAAUUGUGAGAGCGAUUCUCUUAAAGAAGAGCAAGAAGGAACGUUCAAAUGCUUGGAAUGUGGCCGUUUUAUCACUGUUAUGGUUUUGCGCCUUGCUGCGCCUUCUCCAUCCGCUUUCGACCAGUCGACAGACGCUAUUGCAGACUCCACUCAAAAAGGCCAGAACGUUGUAAAUAAUGGAAGAACUUAUUCACUCGGUAGGUUACCAGUCAGCUUAUGGAUCAAUGGUAGUCUUUACACUAGAGCCUAAAUAAGCUAAGAAAUAUUUCAAGACAAGUAAAUUUUAAAUUCUUCAAGUAAAAGAAAGCUUCACACACAAGCUAUCUUUUUUACUUCAGGUUUACUUAAGCCUAUUUUCCCACGCAACAUAAUUAAGAUUCAUUGACAUGCUUCGCCUUUCUCAAAGCUUAGAAACAGCAAGUUCGCUAAGUCGGUUUUAAGGAUGGUUUUCAAGUCACUUGAAACUUUCUUGAAUCGUUUCAACUUUCCGACUUGAAUGAGAUGCAAAGUAAAGUUACUUGAGAUGUUACUUAGGCCUUCACACGUACUUUUUGGUUAAGUAAAACUUAGCCGCUCUUAAGUCUUACUUAACAGCCUAGUGUAAAGACAACCAUUUUUUAUUAGAAAAGCGGUUCAUGGUUAAUGUAGGCCGCGGAUUUUCCGUCCUUGCUUUUAAAUACAAUCUAGAUCUGUCUUUAUGACGGCAGCCUAUCUGUUAGUAUCAACGUUUUCAAAUCAUUAACUGUCCGAUCUGCAUUUGUCUCAUAUUUAGAUUUCUUCUUACACGAUGAUAAAGCCACCCAGGCCAGGGAUUUAGGGUUAGGAGACAAGGAAUAUAGAUGUUUGCAUUAUUUUUUUAUCAAAACCCGUGACCAGCAG